AUGCCCGACCAAACACUCCCAGAAAAAUGGGCAGCAGCAUGGUCUGCCCAACCUCCAGAUGAUGCGGCAUCUUUGGCCUGGCAGCAUCUUUACACCGAGAAGGCAGUCUACACAGACCACGCGUUUCAGAUCAUUCGAGAGGGCCAGGUGACUCUUCGAAAGCAUUUCGAGAUUUGGCGCACCGCGAUGCCCGACUUCAGGCUGACUAUAGCUGACGCCUUUCCUGUGGAGACGCUAUCAGAUGGACGAACUCGAUACUCAAUACGAACGCACAACACGGGAACCUUUGUAGGCGACUUCUCACGCCGCGAGCCGUCUGGCAAGAAGUUCUACUUUCGCGGGGUCGUCGAUAUUGUGGCGGAUAAAGAUGGGCUGAUCGAGAGCGUGGAAGAAUGGUACUGCAGCAACUUCGACGCCACUAACGGGCAGGGAGAGUUUAACUUUCGUUCUGAUGAUGGGUGA